AUGAAUGUGAUGGAGUUAGUUUUGGGUGAAUUAUAUUUUUUGCUGAUAAAAGAAGUAAGAGAAAAUGGUCUGGCUAGGAGAGUGUUGAACUUGUUAGAACAACCGAAACAGGGAGGAGGGCUCGAUCUAGCCUCCACCGGCAACGAGACCUGCCCGAAGAGCGUGGUCCAAGUCGCCCCAAAAGUGGCGGGCAACUCGGUAUCGUUCUUCCCCGCUGUGAACCCAAACGGCGCAGUUCGCAAUGGGACAGAUCUCAACGUCGUGUUCUCUGGCUCAAACACAGGAUGCCCGGAGUCUACUGUCUGGCAAAUCGCACACGAUGCGGAAAACAUUGACGUCGUUCAGUACGUGUUGAGCGGUGGAGAUAAGGGAAACCCGAGUCCUUCCACGGCGAGAAGCUGGUUCAUGAUUCUGAAGACCAAUAAUGGUUACAAGUUUAAGUUUUGUCCGCCGGAGUCGUUGUGUGACUGCAAUUCUAUUUGCAUGGAUAUUGGCAUUAUGGUCGAGAACAGACAAAGGCGUUUGGUACUAGAAUUAGGCCUUACACCUUUGGAGGUCAACUUUAAGAAGGCUUAA